CGCGGCGCGUGCGCGGCUGGUGACGCUCUCGGCCAGAGGCCGGGCGACCGUUGAGAGCUCGCUGGGAGUUGCUCUUGCAGGCGUGGGCGCCUGUGUUGCCGGGCCGACUUUCCUUCCCUCCCGCCCAGAGACUCCGCUCCUUCGCGGCCCGCGGCCCAGGCCCGAGUCUGCGGUGUGUGCCCGAGCUGGGCGGCGUGACCAGAGCUGCGGGCCAGGCCACGCAGGCCUUCGCCGGCUGACGCCCGUGGCCCCGCUACGCGUCCGAGGCCGACCAUGGCCCAGCAGAGAGCCCUGCCCCAGAGCAAGGAGACGCUGCUGCAGUCUUACAACAAGCGGCUCAAGGAUGAUGUCAAGUCCAUCAUGGACAACUUCACCGAGAUCAUCAAGACCGCCAAGAUUGAGGAUGAGACGCAGGUGUCUCGGGCUACUCAGGGUGAACAGGACAAUUACGAGAUGCACGUGCGGGCUGCCAACAUCGUACGGGCAGGAGAAUCCCUGAUGAAGCUGGUGUCUGAUCUCAAGCAAUUCCUGAUCCUCAACGACUUCCCAUCGGUGAAUGAGGCCAUUGACCAGCGAAACCAGCAGCUGCGCGCUCUGCAGGAAGAGUGUGACCGCAAGCUCAUCACCCUGAGGGACGAGGUCUCCAUCGACCUAUACGAGCUGGAGGAGGAGUAUUAUUCGUCCAGAGGCCUUGCUACGGAGUCAAAUGGCCUGUGGGGCCAGUCUAUGUCUCUCCCACAGGAAACCUGUCUUCUCCAGCCAGCCUGCCCUUCCCAUGUCCCUGUGGUGAAGCUCUGGCCUCUGCUUAGGUGUUCACUUCAGCAAUCUGGGCUUCGCCAUGCCGGGGCCAGGGGGUUUCAUCCUCCCCUCUCCUUCCUCUGUGCCUAGUGACCUGCUGGCCACUCUGGCCUCCCUCUGCGUGGGCUGCUCCUGCCUAUACUCUGUCUGCUCACUGCUUGCUCUUUCUGGCUCUGCUUCCUUUUCCACUCCUGGGGAUGCCACUCAGUGCCCGGGUGGUUCUGAGCCUGAAUGCUGAGGGCAGAUGCAGAGGCCAGAGCCACUGCGUUUUAGACAGCUGUGGGCACGACCUUGCUCUGAGUGGUUCCUGCCAGGACUGAUGAGCCACUCCUUGCCUCAAGUAUUCCUUGCGAGGUGGGAAACCACAGAGAGCCCAGCAAGUCCUAAGGCCGGAGCAGCAGUGUGGGGAUGUGCAGGGCCUGUUUUCCUGAUAAUCAUCCCGUUUAGGUCAAGUCGUAGGCAGGGUCUCUGCUGUCAAGGCUCUUUACAGUCUGAUGACCUCCCUAGCCAGGGAGGGGAUGGGCAGCCAGGCUGGGAGGGGACCUUCAGAGAGGCCCAUGUGGAAUUGCUCAGCAAGUUGAAAGUUGGAGGUCCUGCUGAGCCUCUCCGGAUGCAAGGGUGGUCCCUGUGGCCCCUCUCUCAGCCAGGCCUGCUGCAGAGGGGCAACCACAGAUAGAAGGGAAGGCAAGUUGGGGUGGUGUUCAUGUUCUUAACUCUGCUUCCAUCUUGCUUUCCCCUCCCCUGGCUUUCCUCUUGCCUGCUCCUGUCCCUCCCUGGGGUUUCUGGUGGUGGAAAAGCUCAAGUCUUUGCGAAGCUAAUGACCUGCCUCUGUGCGAAGCUUACUGGAGGCUGGACCUCGACACAGACUCCGCUGAUGGUCUCUCAGCCCCUCUGCUGGCGUCCCCGGAGCCCGGUGUUGGCCCUCUGCAGGCUGCAGCCC